AUGUCGACCGAUGUCGAAGCGAUGACUGCUCCUUCCCAUGGCGACGAGCAGUCCAUACGGUCGCCGGCGGCGCAUAAACGCAAGGCAUCUUCGCCGCCCCCAGGCGAAGACAGGACGACCUCGCAAUCGCCGAAACGAGUGCGCCGCGACUCCGAGGCAACCUACAAUGGCUCGACCAGAUCACCACCGGCACCCACAGGCUCAGAACGCCGGCCGAGCGCGUCGCAGGAGGAGAAGAAACGCGGGCAGCGGUUGUUCGGUGGUUUGCUUAGCACGCUGAGCCAGAAGAACUCAAACUCACAGCAGAAGAGGCGCCAGGAGAUCGAGCGCAAACAGCGGGAGAAGGCGUCGCAGCUGCGAGCCGAGGACGACAAGCAGCGCGCCGCGAAGCUGGCCGAGCUCAACACAGUACGCAAGAGGGAACAGAUAAAGUGGGACGAGAAAGUUAUGAGGACCAAGCAUGAUCAUUUGCUCGCCACAGCGCGGUUUCUGAGAACCAGGACCGUGCCCCAAGUUUAUUACUUGCCCUGGGAACCCACGGAGGACGAAGAAGAUAUUAUCAAAGACCAGAUCCGCGAUGCAGAAGACCUGAUUGACAGCGAGACCCGUGAGUUCAAGCAAAGGAAAGAGCAGAGACUAAAGGCCCUUGGCAUAACGACCCAAGAAGCUCCCGCCUCUGAGUCUGACCCUGCCCCUGAACUCCAACCCACCGAAUCACCCUCGGUCGACCAGGACGAGAAUACAGUGGGUAAAACUGAUACAGAUGCCACACAUGAUGUCCCUCCCCAGCAGCCUGAUGAGACUUCUGAAACUACUAACAGAGAUUCCGCGCAGGCCAGCAAGGGUGGCCAUCAUGAUCAUCAGGACAAGGAUGCGGACGAGACCGGCGAUGUAAUGGUGGAGGGAGACGAGGACACGGUCAUCUACUAG